AUAUUGACCUGCGGCGUGGCCGAAACGGCUUCCACAGCUACGAUUGCGACUGUUGUCAGUGUGUUCCCAGAUAACUGUAAUGGGUGAAGAACUCGACAAUAGCUCUAUAUACAAAAAAAUCGUAUGCGGCCCAAGGCUGAUAGAUAUGAUUGGCGUUCCAUAUAUAGAUUGAAGGCCGAUUUUGAAUGACAGAUUAAGUCCUCGCGCACAUCUCAGUCUUGCGUUUGCAGGUGACAUUGUUCACGAAGACUGCACACACAUAGUGCAGUAGCUGAGGUCGUGGCAACUUUGGUUGCGUCCAAGUUCUGCGAUUUGGUCUUUGCCUAUAACAAGGGAGGACGAUUUGGUCUUUGCCUAUAACAAGGGAGGUCGAAUCAACUACCAGACCAUGGGACUAUUAUCGUUUUUGACGUGGCCAAUUCGGCUUGUCUUGCACUCCCGGCCCGGACAACUGGCUGUGUUUUUGCUGGAGAAGACGGCGCAGGUUGCCGCCGAUGGAAUCGAAGCCGUGGUGGGCCGGGGGACUGUAGGAACGUCACUGGUCGACCCGGCCAAGAGCGGUACAAAGGAGGGCCAGGGAAAGUUGGCGGUGAAAUCAGAUAAGUCAGAAAAGACGACUAUUAAGAUCGCUGCACCAAGAAAUGAAGGAUAUCUGAUUAGAGCAGCUCAAAUAUCUGCAACAAUUCUCCGCUGGCUUCAAAACUGGCUGCGUUCCUUGCAGGGCAAGGCGCCCACUACCGGCACAAUCGAACCUCUCGAGAUGGUUGACGGAGGGGGCGUGGUUGCUACGAAACGGUCCGAUAAAGUGGGCCUGGUGACCUGCGCCCUCUAUGUUCUGAAUCCCCUGAAUGACAUAGUGCUUGCGGUGAGGCUGCUGGAGUAUACCAGGGGGAUAAUAUUCGUCUCUCGAAACAAAUCCAGUGACUGCAGCCCGGUCGCAGAGAGGUCACCUCUCUCGCCAAGCAAGAACACUGAGUUUGAGGCCAAGGAUGCUGACAGCACCAUCAAGCCCCCUACCCGUACUCAGGCCAUCACGAAGCCUGAUGCGCCCCAGCGGGCCAGCCCCAAGUCCCCUGUUAAAACCACCAAAGUCACCCCUGCCGGAGUCCCCAGGAAGAUCCCUGCCGCGGUUCCCAGGACGACCCCUGCUACAAGUACCACCGUGCGUUCGCCAACGACCCCUGCUUUUUCCCCAGUCAAGAUUGCCCCGUACCGCACCAGCGUGUCGAUGAGACAACCUCCGUCGAAGGCUGCUGCGGGGCCCGCUGCUCAGAGCACCGCGUCGACCGCUCCUCGGGAGGCCUCAACCAAAAUCUCUGAACACACCGACGAUUCUUACAAAUUGGAAACCAAGACAAAAACAUCGAGUAAGGAGAGGAUCAGCAAGACCAAGCAGGAAGAACGGUCGAAGGACGCGGUCCCUGCUCACCGCACCAUCAAGUCUCCUGGUGGACCUCCACCGGUCAGCACCGCCAAGCCCUCUGCCCUGAUCACCCAGAUACCUCCCGACCAGGAUGUCUCAAAGCCCUCUGCUGAAAAGUCGAGUACUGUCGUGCUUUCAGCCACCGUCUCUGCAAGUCCUAAAGCAAACACACGUGUAGUUUCAGUUCAAAGUGUUUCUAAGCCUUUAUCUGAGGCGGCGGCGGCUGAUGACAAUACCAAUGACGUCCAGGUCCCUGCCAAGAUCUCAGCCGACGAACCAGACAAAGUGGACAUCAAAACUAAACCACAAAGUAACGAGGGGAUCAUCAUCGACUCAGAGUGCAGAAAGGGACAAACAAAGAGCAAGAAAUUGGGGCAGAGUGGGGAAGAAGAAUCGGCCAAGGAAGCGUUCAUUUCUCGCCGUACCAUCCAGCCACCACCCAGCGGAACCGUUGUGAAGCCUCCCAUACGCAGUACCGACGGUGCUGGUUCUGGUCCUGUCGCAGACAGCACUGCCGAUCCUCCUGCUCAGACGUCCCGAAUGGCCCACUCCUAUUCGCUCGUCUACAAGACCACAGGUCUCCCUUCUAAGAUCCACUUAGACCAGAGCACCAGCAAGCCUGAAGCUGAGACUGCGAGACCCGGAACUAGUACCAACAAGUCGCCUCCCUGGGCAACCGGGAAGCCUCAGGGUGGCCCAGGCCUGCUCGCAAACAUGCUCUCCCGGCAAGCUCGCGAUCUGGGAAGUGCUGAAUAUCCGCUGGAUAGCACUAUCCAGUCCACUGCUGGGAAGGCCGGACUGUCAUUCGACCAAGGCAGCUCCGCCGUGCCUAAGACGAAGAUCACCGCCAACACGAAGUCAGAGACCGCCUCGGUUAAGAGCACUACUGGGUCCGUAUCUGAAAGCACCGCGGGUAUCUCUUCAGACGGCGAUGCCAAGGUCCAGGCUGGGACCACGGAUGACCCUGGAAAAAGUGGAAAACAAAGUAAGCUGAAACCCUGGAAAAAAUGGAAACCUUCCAAAAAAUAAAAUGGAGGGAACACAAAUCGGUCCACGUACGCGCGUCAGUGAUAACCGUUCCCUCUCUUUCUAGUUUUAGAUAAUGCAGGGCAAGUCAAAAAAGCGGAACCCAAACCCCCAAAAUUAUAGUUCAUAUUUAAAAAAAAUACGUAGCACCAAAAAUAAUAA